UUCUCCCGGGUCUCCAACGGUCAGAGAUCGCCGAUUCGUAUGUCGUGUUAUCAAUCUGUGAAGUUCGAGUGUUGAGUAUUUGUCAGUUCGUUAAAAAAUCAUUAUGUGAUUUUUGUUUUAUUUUUAGUUGUAAUUUGCUUAGUUAAUUUGUUCUUUUAAUAUUCUCUUCGUCUAAGAAUGGACUCUACGGACUUAAACAACAACUCAGCGGAGGAAAAGAUUUACUCGCUCCGUCCCAGAGCUUCUAUCAAGAGUAACCGGGAGUUCGACCAGGAGGAAGACAUUUGGAAGCCACGAGGACGGACCAAGAAGAGGACGAAACAGAAGUCAGCGCCACUCAGCAAGUACAGGAGGAAGACUGCCAACGCGCGAGAGAGAUCGAGAAUGAGAGAGAUAAAUGAAGCUUUUGAAGCUCUACGAAGAGCUGUGCCUCAUCUGAACUCUAAUAGUGAGAAUCCCGGUGAAAAGAUCUCGAAGAUAAUGACUUUACGAUUAGCUAUGAAAUACAUCACAGCUUUGAGUACCGCGUUGCAGGAACCUUGUUUCGGGGAGACUUCGCUGAGCGAUGUGAUGCUUAGUUGUGAAGGGAUGUUGACUCCGGGGUCUAUCAGUGAACCGUCAGAGUUUGGUGAUGACUUUUUCGCGACACAGUUGCCCAGUGAGUCUAUGUCAUCUACGUCCCCUUCCUACGAUGUCCCUGGUUUGGUGACUCCUCCAUUGAACGACACCUUGCACCUCCCCCCGUUCAACCACCUCCGUCCCGAACCCGUAGCGCAAUCAACGCAGGUAUCCUUACCAUCCUCUAGUACACUUCUUCAAGCUCUAACUUCAGAAAAGAUACCUUAUUUACAUCAAAAUCAACCCAUUAUGCGGAAUAACUGUGAUCUUCGUAGCCACACAUUGACGCCUCCUGACGACCUGUGUAGAAACUCUUUCAGUUACCAGUUUAAAGAAAACUCUUUACCCUCCUCGACCUUCGCGACACCCUCAUUCCUGACUGAUUUUGACGGGCUUCCCUCACCAGCGAUGGACUUUGAGGACUUAUUCAUCAAGUGAUUGGUAAAAACCGAGUUUAGAAUGUGAUCACGUUUGUGAAAUUUUUCCUCCUUAAAAGCAUUUCAGAAAGUGUUCAUGAAGGUUGUGAGUAAAUUUUAAAUUUUAUUUAGAAUCGGAACUGUAAAUAUAGUUAUCAUAUAUUAUUUAGCCUCUACUCUGAGUGGGUUGAACUCAUCGAGCAAAAGUUAUAAUAACUGAAAAUCAAUUUUAAGCAGAAUUGCAAUUUUUUGUUUUUUUGUUUAACGAUUUUAUAACAUUCUAUAAUUUCAGAGCAAGAAACUGGUUCCAAUUUUUGUUUUUUGGUAUUAAUGGAACAAUUAUAUACGAUGAGGUUAAAAAUUCUCAUCAUAAAUCAUAUAGUGGAUGUUUCAGGGGACGUAUUUAUGUACAUUUUCUCAUAAAGAAUAUUUAUUUCCUGUAAGAAAGUUUUGGAAGAAUUGUUACUAUAUCAGAUUAAAACUGAAGGCCUUUGCUUGUAGUUAAUCUAAAUUAAAACUGGGUAAAAUCAAAAGAUUUCUUUAUAGAAGACUGACUUUUAUAGCCAACGUAAUAUCUUUUUGGGUCCCCCAUUGCUCUUGUGAGGACUUUAAAUGUGUAAUAUUUAACGAAUGUACUCAAUAAAUGUUAGUGUACAACCAUUACCUUGGGUUACGAUUUGCAUACAUUCACAUAUAUAACCGAGGGACUUAAAAAAUAAUUUUACUUUAUAUCGACUUGAGAAAACUUGUUAUAUAAAAGGCAUGUUAUCAGAUGAACCUUCUUUGCGAAACAUACCAAUUUUUAUUUUAUUUAGUAUUGGAGGCUUUGUAUAGUGUAAGAUUAGUUUUCAAUCCUGUUUAGUUAAUAAGUGCCAUUGUUUAUACCAUUUGUUGAAAUGUAUAGUAAAGAUUUUU